ACACCGCCCCUUAACGUGUGGAGAAACGUCGGCGAGGACUGAGCAAGGUGUUCAGUGCGUCUCACCUUACCCUCCCCUCCCGCGCUUCAACUCCUUAAACAGAACUGAAGAGGAAUCUUGAACAUAACAGAUAAUGUCUUUGCAAGAACUGACAUCGAGAGCAGUGAUUUUAUACGAUGAAUGGCUCAAAGAUGCAGAUCCCAGGGUUGAAGACUGGCCACUAAUGUCUUCACCCCUGCCACAAACAAUCAUCCUUGGUGCUUAUAUCUACUUUGUCACAACAUUUGGACCAAAAUUAAUGGAGAACAGGAAGCCUUUGAACUUGAACCAAGUAAUGAUUGUGUACAAUUUUUCGAUGGUGAUCUUUUCCCUGUACAUGUGCUAUGAAUUUCUUAUGUCUGGCUGGGCCACAGGAUACUCAUUUCGUUGUGACAUUGUGGAUUAUUCUAGGUCACCGCAGGCCCUCAGGAUGGCCUGGACUUGUUGGCUUUUUUACCUCUCCAAGUUUAUUGAAUUAUUGGACACUGUUUUCUUUGUGCUUCGAAAGAAGAAUGGUCAAGUGACAUUUCUUCACGUCUACCACCAUACGAUCAUGUCCUUCACUUGGUGGUUUGGGGUUAAAUUUGCUCCAGGUGGUCUCGGAACAUUUCAUGCUCUUGUGAACUGCAUAGUACAUGUUUUCAUGUAUUCAUAUUAUGGUCUAUCUGCAUUGGGACAACAUUACCAGAAGUAUUUAUGGUGGAAAAAGUACAUGACUGCAGUUCAGUUGAUCCAGUUUGCGAUCAUUACAGUUCAUAUUGGACAGUUCUUCCUCAUGAAAAACUGCCCAUACCAGUAUCCAGUCUUCCUCUAUGUAAUAUGUCUAUAUGGAGUUAGUUUCAUGCUGUUAUUUCUGAACUUCUGGUACUAUGCAUACACACAAGGUCAAAGAUUGCCAAAGAACACAACGAACAAAUUGAAGAGCAGUAAAAAUAAUUAACUGGAAUUUAAAUACGUUGUACCUGGCAGAAAUUAAAAACAUUUGACAGUGUAGUCGAAGGCAUACUUUUUAAAGAAAGAGUGGGUAGUAGGCAUCUAUUUUUGUGAUUGAUGUCUCUGAAGUUGAUUCGUCUUAAUGCAUGCUACCAUGUAGCUGCAAAUUUUGUAAAUUAAAUCAAACCUCUUUAUGUGAUGUGCCUCUAACUAGCUGCUUUGCUAUGUGAAACUCAUUUGUGUGCUUCCUUUCCUCCUGCUUGAUUAUGUUUGUGUAAAAUGAUGCAAAUUAAUUUUGUGGAUAUUGAACUGGAAGCUAUACCAGUGGCAGAUUAAUAUUUUGGUCCAGGUGGUUUGGCAGGAGGGAUGCAGUUGGAUGGCUUUAAUUUUGCAUCAGUUUCCUUUGCAUGGCCACAAUGUAACUGAUUUUACUGCAGUGUCCUUUUAUUACUAAAAGGAUGGGUGGCAUUUCCAGGCCAACUUCUAAUUAUCCACCUCGGACCUAAAAGAAAAGAUUUGCAAAAGCUGAGAUUUUAAAACUAGAAAGCUGCAAGCAAUUUGGGGGACCAGAUCAAAUAAAAAUUGAAAACAAUAAGGUAAUUAAGUCAAUCAUUUUCAGUUCAAUGAUUUGCUGUUUGGGAUAUAAAUCAAUGUACAAAAUUCACAGAAGUGUGCACUUUUAGGAAAGGCUCAAAAAUCUCGUGCAGCAUUUUGCUGAAAAGAUUGUUUGACCUCGUGGCCUUUGAUUAAAAUAACUUGAGAGUCUCCUUUUGAGAAGUACUUAUUAGAAACAUGGUUCCUUAACUGCCUGUUCACCUUCGCGCAACUGUCUUACUUGAAUUAACAUUAUGCCUUUAAGGGGUACAUAGCAUGUUUUUAAACUUGCUUUAUAUUCUUCUCCCCAGCCCGAACCUUGCACCUCCCUUAGUUUUUAAUAUUUUUGUGACGGGCAAAAUAUGGUGUUUGGGAUGUUAAAGGGAAACGGAAACUUAUACUUAUUUCUAGUCUUAAUCUUGCCAACAGUGUCUUUUUAAAAAAAAUCUGUUUUUUGGUGCUUGUAUCGAGUGAAAUAUUGCACAUCAAGGAAUGAUUGCCUGUUUCCACGUGGUUAGAUCCUUUAAUUUAGUCAAAUUCUACCAUUUUCUUUGCUGCUUUGAUACUAUGUCAAAUCACAUCUCCGUAUUCUUUUCAUCUUGGGUUAAGAGUUACUUUCGGCAGUCAGGUCAAUUUCUACACUGGAAAAUGUACAUUCCUCAGCCAAGUUUGUGUAACACUUUAAAGAACAUAAUGCAAGAAGUUGUCAAAGCUUUUUUUAUAAAUGACACUGGAGUGAAUUCAACUACUUACAAAAUAUUAUAAUGAAUGUAGAUGUUUAAAUAACACCUAAAUGCAUAGUUCAUUUUCAACUUGGUACCAUCUAACUCCAGUUGCUGUUUAAUGGGAGGCAUCAUCACAAGCUGGAUAUUCACAAUGGAAGAAUGAAAUGAUGCAUGAACUGGUGGAAGAGUAAACAGGAAAUUGAUAAUGUAUCUAAAGAGGGUUGAAUGUUGCUUUUUUUAAACUACUAUUUUCUAAAGUAAAAAACAAUGAAAUAUUUUCAAAUAUGAAAUCAUAUUUGGUGGAAGGACAUGUACAGAUGCAAAUAUUCUGAGGGAAAACUAUGAUGGGUCCACUAAGUUGCACCUUGAGGUUUUUCAGGUUUUUUUAAACACAAGAACCAUAUUGUAUUCCACUCUGCAAGUGUUUCUAAAUUAAUUGUAAUUUUAUGAAUGGUAAUACUUGCAAUUUCCUUUUGUACGUCCUUGAAUAUAUACAAUUAAAAUGUGAUUUUUU